AUGGAAUCUCAACUUCCCACCGAGAUCUUGGAAAAAAUUAUAUAUUUUGCAAAAACUUCUUCAGAAGAUAUUUCAACAGUAUACUCAUGCGCUUUGGUUAAUAGAUUAUGGUGUAGAGUAGCUAUUCGUAUUUUAUGGAAAAAACCAUUUAAAUAUGUUUUUGAUAAUUAUGAUGACGAUAGGAAUCAUAAUAGAAAGAAUAUGUCAAAAUCGACGAAAUUAUUACUUUGUUAUUUCAAAUUUUUUAAUCAUUGUGAAAGAAUUAAUUUAAAAAAAUGGUAUAUCGAUUUACCUGAAACCAACGAUAACACCACUUCAUCACCAUUAUUCGAAUAUCCUUAUUUUCUUAAAGAUUUAGAUUACGUUUCAUUCAUAUUUUCAAUCGAAAAAUUUAUUAAAUUUUAUCUCUCAUCAUUUCUUUGUAGAAAAUAUAAAAGUAAUUGGAAAGGAAUAAAAAUUUCCAAUCCAACAUUUUUAAAUUCUGAAUUUCUUAAUCCGGAAACUAGAGAAAAGAUGAAAUCAAAAAAUAGUAUAUUCUUUAAACUUGAUGAUUCAAAUAUUCAUAGUAUAAGAAAGAAUCGAUAUAAAAGAAUAGUUAAAAUUCAAACCACAAUACUUGGUCAAUUUUUAUUAAAAUUAUUUAUUAGAAAAGGUUCAAUGUUAAAUAAAUUAAAAUUAGUUUGUAAUGAUGAAAUAAUUCAUCAUUGGAAUCAAACUUGUAAAUAUGAAACAUUGGUUAAUACUGUGGAGAUUUUAAAGUAUUUGGGAACUAUUAGAGAAUUAAAAGUUACUGAUAUGGCUUAUAAUAUUGAACAAUCAAAAAUUUUGGGUGAAUUAGCUAUCACAUGCAGUAAUUUGAAACAUCUCGAUAUCACCUUUUACAGAACUUACACUAAAGAAAAACAUAUUCCAAGUAAUGAUUUAGCUUCAUUAAUUUUAACACAAAAAUCAUUAACCCAUUUUUUAUACAAAGGAAUAGCCACAAAUAUGGUACCUUAUUCAUUAAUAACUCAAUCUUUAUCAUUGAAAUAUAUUGAAUUCGAAAAAACGGAUUUCAAAGGUCUCAGUAUAGCAUUCUAUGGAAUUGCCAAAUGUGAAGUGUUGGAAUGUUUAAUAUUUAAAUUAUGUAGAUUUAUUGAUAGUGAAAUGUUGAUACCAAUGUUUGAAAGAAAUGCAUUACCGAAAUUAAAAGAAAUUAGAUUAAGUGAAUGGUAUUACAAUUAUUAUAAAUGUGAAGAAGAAUUAGAAAAAUGGAUAAGGUGGAAACGAUUUAAAAAAACAGGUUCUUAUCUUGAAUAUAAAAAUUUGAUCACGGUUUCUAUUUAUAGAUCUAUGGAUGAAGAUUAA